AUGGAUAAGAUAAUGUUAUUUGUAGUUUUUAACAGAAGAUGGAAUGCAAACAACAAAUACAUUGAUCAUGAAGUGAAAAUAUUGAUGGUGGAAAAGGAUAUCAAGUAUGUGGAAUUGGUAAACAAGAUAUACAAAGAGCUCAGAUUGAAUGAAAGAUUGAUUUCAACAAACUUGAUUUUUGAUGCAAAUAUGGAUACAAGCAAAGGAAUGAAGAUAGAAAGUGAUGAGAAUUUACAAGUUUAUCUAAACUUGAACAAGACUGUGGAAGAGUUGAAAAAAUGUCCUCUCAUCGUUGAAGUUGUACAGAGAAAUCAAACCAUUUCUUUGCCAAGAGAAGCUAGCAUUCCAUAUGCUUUAGCAAGCAAUGCAACAAGUCACAGUUUGACUCUCACAGACCCCAAUAUGAAUACUGCAAGCACUAGCAAGAUGAAGAGCGCCUCAACACAAGAAUCCAACAAAUUUACAGAACACGGGCAAGAAGCUCAAUCACCUCUGCAUGUGUUGCCGAAUAUGGAGAUUGAAGACAUAAGACUCAAUUAUGUUUUCAAGAAUAAGACUGAUCUAAAACAUACACUUGCGAAAAUAGCCAUCAAGAAACACUUUCAGUACAGAAUUCAAAAAUCAUGUUCAGAAGCAUUUUGGACAAAAUGCAUAGAUGAGAAUUGUGGCUGGUAUGUACGUGCAAGAAGCUCAAAAGUAUCAGACUACUUUCGAGUUAUCAAAUACCAUAAACACCACACAUGCUCCUUAAAUCACAUAAAUUUUGAAAAUAGACAAGCAAGUGCAAAAGUCAUCAGUAGUUACUUCAAAGAGAAGUUUCGUGACCCAGGAUCAACCUAUCGACCAAGGCAAAUAAUAAGAGACAUGAGAGAUGAACAUGGGGUAGGUGUAACAUACAAUAAAGCCUGGAGAGCAAAAACACUUGCAGCUGAUGAUGUUAGAGAGUCAAAUGAGGAAAGUUAUGCAUUGUUGCCUUCAUAUUUGUAUAUGCUACAGUUGGCCAACCCAGGAACUAUCACAAGAGUAUGUAAAGAUGAAGAAAACAGGUUUAAAUACGUGUUUAUUGCUUUUGGGGCUUCAUUAGAUGGAUGGAAGCAAUGUAGACCAGUUAUAGUGGUAGAUGGAACAUUUUUAAAGACGAAAUGUGGAGGUACACUGUAUGCAGCUUGUGUUAAAGAUGGAAACAAUCAAAUUUUUCCGCUCGCCUUUGGAAUUGGGGAUUCAGAAAAUGACAAUGCAUGGAUAUGGUUCUUUACAAGACUAAAAGAAGCAAUAGGAGAUCGAGAAAACUUGUGCAUAGUAUCUGACAGGCAUAAAAGCAUCAAAAAUGCAGUUGAACAAGUGUAUCCUGGUGUAUAUCAUGGAGUUUGUCUUUAUCAUUUGAAGCAAAAUCUAAGGACUAAGUUUAGGGGAUUACAUGUGCAUGCCAUAUUUGAAACUGCUUCAAGAGCGUACUCAGCUCAAGAAUAUUAUUCUGCCAUGGCUAAAUGA